UGUUAUGACUACGGGGUCGUAAAUCCGCCAUGUUUUCCCUCCCCAACACAGCGUUGCGACAGAGACGGAGAAGUCAAACGACAUGAAUGCUGAAAAUAAUCAUACGGCAGAAACAGAGAAGGAGCGAACGACGAACGGCAGUGAGACUAUCACCAUUCAAACCACACUGGGAGAUGAAGACGAUGUACACAAGUGUGGACGCUGUCAGUCCGAAUUUUCCACGCUUGAAGCUUUUAUCCAGCACAAGCUACACAACAACUGCAAACGGGUGGAGGCUGACCACACUGCUAACCAAGAGGUUAUUACGUCCAAUGGAAGUUCUUCCACAGAGGUGAAAUCAGAUGAGGGUUUACCUUCAGAUAAAGCAUUAAAAUCCUCCGAUGAUGAAGUUUUUUCUGUGUUGGGUCGAGGUCGCAGGAAGAAAAUUGCCUCCCUAAAAGUUACUGAGCAGUCGGAUGGAGCUGAAGGAUACGGAUCCGAUGGUGCUGACAAAUCCAGCUACAAACUCAGUCAAGAUGGCCGCUACAUUUGCAGCCUUUGUAAUAAAACCUUCAAAACAACAAACAUUUUGAGGACUCAUAAGAAAACUCACAGUGACGAGAAGAACUUCUCAUGUGAACUAUGCGGGACUUCAUUUCGCACCAAAGGCUCCUUGAUACGUCACAACCGCAGACACACAGAUGAGCGGCCGUAUCGUUGUACCCUGUGUGGUCAGUCCUUCCGAGAGUCGGGUGCUCUCACCCGACAUCUUAAAGCCCUGACUCCAUGCACAGAAAAGAUCCGCUUUGUUCAUUUUAAGGAAAUCCUAGUCGGAAAGGAUGGAAUCCAGAAAGAUUUUAAACAAAUUUCAGGUGUUGAAGUUGAACAAGCAGCUGUGGCUCCACAGCAAGCAAUGAUAGUGGUGGAGCAGCAGCCAGAAGAGCAGGAGAUGGUGGAAGCCGAGGCUGCUGUUGUUAGUAUGAUUGACCCCAGUUCCCAGGAAGUCCUCCAACAAGUUCACUUCACCAUGGAAGUGGACGGAACUACUCAGGAACAGCAGGUGGUAGUGGAGGAAUCCCAGGCAGAAGAAGCCCUGGCGGCUGCAGCAGCUGGUGACAAUCUCAUCUGUCAGGCCAUCAUCAACUCUGGGCUUGCUCUGGGAAAAGAGGAAACGGUGGUUGAAGAGGUGUCCCAGACGGUCGAGGAGAAAGAGGAGUCCGAACCUCCUGAUGGCGAUCAGGGUGUCAUUGAAAUCCAAGUUAAGGAAGAGUUUGUUGAAACUGAACGGGAAACGCCUAAUAAACGGAAAUCCUCGAAACUCUACACAUGUCCUCACUGCAACAAAUCAUUCAAGGGCUUGAACUAUUUUCGUUUUCAUUUCAAAGGUCAUUUAGGCUACAAGCCCUUUAAGUGCACCUUGUGUGAAAAGGAGUUUCUAACUGGUUACCUGCUGAAGAAACACAUGGAAGUCCACGUCAGUGAGAGGAGAUACAAGUGUGGCGAGUGUGGCAAGCUGUAUAAAACCAUCGGGCACGUUCGAGAACACAUGAGGGCCCACUCAGACGAGAGACCCCACCACUGUACGCGAUGCAAUAAAGGCUACAAGACCAAGAACGCCUUGCGAGUUCACCAGCGGACGCAUGGCAACGAGAGACCCUACGUAUGCGAGUUCUGCUUCCGAGGAUUCAGGGAGAAGGGCUCUCUGGUACGACACAUUCGCCACCAUACAGGAGAGAAGCCUUUCAAGUGCUCUAAAUGUGGGCGGGGCUUUGCUGAGCACGGGACCCUCAGUCGGCAUGUGCGUGCUAAAGGAGGGUGCCAAAAGGAGGAGCCCAGCGAGCAGCAAAAUGCUGUGACGGAGCAGCAGGCUGUGGAUGACCUCGCCACGGCAGCCAUUAUCUCCGAGGAUCCACAUGCAGUGUUGGUGGAGUUCUCAUCGGUGGUAGCAGACACGCAGGAGUACAUCAUCAAGACUCAGACUGGGGAGGAAAUGCAGGAAGAAGUGACGCUCAUUCAGGACAACCAAAAUGAGAUGGGAAACGAGAUCAUGAAAGUUGUGCAGCAAAUUGUCAGCCAAUCGCACAGCGCUGGCAGCCACCAAAUCAUAGUACGGAAUGUAGCGGUGAACGAAGAAGGUCCGUCCAUCUCGGACUGUGGCGACACCAUCACCAUCGCUACGCCCGAGAGCCUGACGGAGCAGGUCGCCAUGACGCUGGCGUCCGCCAUCAGUGACGGGACUCUCCUGACCACGACAGAGACUGUGGAGGCAGCGGAGGGAACCGUUACCAUGGUUACCACAGAGGAAGCAGUAGAGGAGGGAAUGGUGCAGCAGCUAGAGGAAUAUGUCAUCACCUCCCCAGAGGAAGUGGAGAUUCAGACUGUGAUUGUAUGAGCAAAGACGAACUAUGAACUGCAGUGGCACUUUAGUGUCAGCUUCCAUGAAGUAUUUUGAGUUUAACUGACGAAAGGCCAAAAGGGUCGACUCUGCAUCAAAUAAAAAUGUACAUAUUAGAUGUUC